AUGAUAAGCCACUGUCCCCUUGGAGUUGUGAAGGAGAAGGUCAAGAAGAAAGUAGUGCCUUGCCCGAAGAUAAAGAUUGGAGUCUCUUCACCUUCAUCUGAAUCCUUCAACGUAAGCCUCGCAUCUCUCACGAAAACGACUGCUUUCGUAGAUAGUGGCGAGGAUGUGUCGACCUAUGCCGGCGCUGGCGCCCUAAAGGCGGGACUGUUCAAGUGGACUGUGAAGGUUGGAUUUCUAGUCCCUGCCCUCGCUGGAGUGGACUGCUGCGACACUAGCUGGUUCUGCAGAUGGAACAUCCUGAAGCUGAACAUGGUGGGUGCGAUGCCGACGUAG